AUGGAUGUAGAAGGAAAGAAAUGGUUGUCGUUUCCGAGGUAUAGUGAAAUAUAUAGGCAGGGGGUGAUAGAUUUUGUUAGAAAUGCAUUUAAAAAUCAUGCCGUAGGAAAUGAGUUGAAGUGCCUUUGUAGGAAAUGUAGUAAUCGAUUCUGGAGUGGUGCAACUGCUAUAGGUGACCAUCUGAUAUGCAAUGGACCUUCUCCACAUUGUGUCGAUUGGAUUCAUGAAGUCUCGAUGCUUAGGACAGACCGUGUUGUUGACGAGAUGGAGACUGAUCAUAUAGGUAUGGGAUUAGGAGAUGAGUUUGAUGUCAUGCUACAUACUACAUAUGGUAAUGUGACUAGUAUUGGUGAAGAUGGAAUUAGAAAGGGAUUAAAUGAUGAUGCGAAGAAAUUUUAUCGACUUGUUAAGGAGGGUGGACAACCUUUAUAUCCUAACUGUAAAAAAUUCACUCAAUUGAGUUUUAUAGUUAGGCUUUACCAAGUAAAGUGCAUUCAUGGAUUUAGUGAGGCGGCCUUUACUGCGUUACUUGAGUUGAUAAAGGAGGUUUUUACCGAUGUAAAUCUACCAUCGUCGUUUAGUGUGGCAAUGGGUAUGAUUAAAGACUUAAGUCCUGGUUACCAAAAGAUACAUGUAUGUCCAAAUGACUGCAUGCUCUUUUGGGGAGAAAAUGAGAGGCUGGAUAAGUGCACAAAGUGUGGAAUAUCAAGAUGGAAACUACAUGAAGAGAAAAUUGAUUCGGUUGAGAACAUGGAUGUGUUAAAAGAAUCUAAGGUCCCAGCAAAAGUAAUGAGAUAUUUUCCUUUAAAGCAAAGGCUGCAAAGAAUGUUCAUGGGCUCUGAUUUCUCUAACUCAAUGACAUGGCAUGCUUCAGCAAGGAAGAAGGAUGGAAAGUUAAGGCAUCCAGCUGAUGGUGAAGGUUGGCAGUCAAUGGAUGCCAAAUAUCCUGAGUUUGCUGCAGAAAUUCGAAAUGUAAGGUUGGGCUUAGCAUCGGAUGGAUUUAACCCUUAUCGAUCAAUGAAUAUUUCUCAUAGCACCUGGCCAGUUGUCUUAGUAAAUUACAACCUUCCACCCUGGUUAAUCAUGAAACCGGAAAAUAUUAUUCUAUCAACCUUAAUCCCUGGCCCUGUUGGAGUAGGUAAUGAAAUUGAUGUAUAUAUGCAUCCCUUAAUUGCAGAGUUGAAAGAGUUAUGGGGUGUUGGUGUUGAGACUUAUGAUGCAAGGUCUAAUAGCACAUUUAAGCUACACGCAAGUCUCCUUUGGACGAUAAGUGAUUUUCCGGGAUAUGCAAUUUUAUCAGGAUGGAGUACGAAAGGUAAGCUGGCGUGUCCUUUAUGCCACUAUGAGACCUCAUCAAAUUAUCUAAAAUACAGUAGAAAGGUUGUCUAUUUGAACCACAGGAAAUUUCUUCCUCCUGACCACAAAUGGAGGUCUGAUAAGCGCAAAUUUAAUGGACAAGUGGAAGUUCUAGCUGCUCCUGAAAUGUUAACAGGAAUGCAGGUAGAGGAGUUGUUGUGUGGUUAUGAGAAUGAUUUUGGGAAGAAACAGAAAAAGCAAAAGCAUAACCUUGAUGUUAUGCAUAUUGAGAAGAACCUUUGUGACAAAAUUUUGGGGACUUUGUUAAAUAUUGGGGGUAAAACAAAAGAUCACCUUAGUGCACGUAUGGAUAUGGAAGAAAUGGGGAUUAGAAAGAUUCUCCAUCCUAUUAAAUGCGGUGAUAACAAAAAAGUUGAAAUUAGAGCAGCAAGUUUUGAUAUGACAAAAAAAGAGAAAGAGAUUUUUUGUUCUGUCUUCAUGAAUGCGAAGUUUCCACAUGGAUCGGUAUCUAAUAUUAGUCGUUGUGUUUGCAUGAAGAAGCGGAAGAUAGCAGGUUACAAGAGUCAUGAUGCGCAUGUUAUCCUUCAAUAUUUAUUGCAAUUUGCAGUGGUUAAAACACUUAAACCUGAGGUAGCAAUACCUUUGAUGAGGUUAAGUGCAUUCUUAAGGGGUAUAUGUGGCAAGGUCAUCGAAUUAGAAGAUGUUGAAAAGUUGCAGAAGGAAAUAAUCGAAAUACUUUGUGAGCUUCAAAUGAUAUUUCCACCUGCAUUUUUUGACAUAAUGGUUCACUUGCCUAUUCAUUUAUGCAAGGAACUCGAAUUCGGUGGACCUGUGCAUUUGAGGUGUAUGUUUGGAGUCGAACGAUACUUAUGCAAACUAAAAUUUUAUGUUCGAAACAGGAGCAAACCAGAAGGCUCUAUAGCAGAAGGCUACAUAGCAGAUGAAUGUUUGACAUAUUGUGCCAGAUUUUUUAAUGAUGGAAGUGAAAAUAUAAAUGAUCCUCAGGAUGGCAACAAAGAUGCAGGGUAUCCUAUUGGAUCUGGUAAAAAUAAAGAGGGGAAAUCUAUACAUUUGGAAGGAAAGAUCUGGAUCAAGGCUCAUAGAUACAUAUUAUUCAAUUGUGAUAAUGUGGAUAUCGAGAUGCUAAAAGACGAACACCUUCAAUUGGUUCAAAAAGAUGCAAAGUCACAAAAGUUUAAAAGGGAAAGGACGCAUACAAUUGAAUUUCAUAAGUGGUUGAAAGAGGUAGUUCAAGAUAAAGAAAAUAUUUCAGUAGAAUUGUCAUGUUUGGCGAAAGGGCCUCUUCAUGCAGCAAAGAGAUUUUCUGGUUAUGUGGUCAAUGGAUAUAAGUUUCACACCAAGCGCAGAGAUCGUAGGUGUACGACACAAAAUUCUGGUGUCUUCCUCACUACCCUAACCACUAGUUUCGCUAGUGCAAAAGACCAAAACCCGAUAGUAGGAGAUGUAGGUUACCAUGGUUCAAUUGAGGACAUCAUUGAAGUCGACUACUGGGGAGAAUUAACUGUUGUUCUUUUUAAGUGUUGUUGGUACAAAAAAGGUAAGGACUGCUAUGGCCUAACAAGAGUGAACUUUAACCAGCUAUGUCAUAAAGAAGAUCCUUUCGUUCUCGCUACACAAGUCCAACAGGUCUUCUAUAUACAAGAUCCUACUGACAAAAACUUACAUUUUGUUAUCAAGAAAUCUCCAAAGGAUCAGUAUUCUGAAGUGGAAGAUGGGAUGGGUUCAGUUGAACAUGUUGCUGACAUAAAUUAUGAGUCGCGAGAACAAGUACAUGACGUUGAUCAUGUUAUUAAUUGGUGCAGAGAUGACAUUCGGACAAAGCAAAUACAUGUUACACCUGACGAUCCAGAGGAGGAUAAUGCUGAAAUAUUCUAA